AUGACUGCAUUUUUCCCCAGCGGUUAUCAGUCAUAUUGUGGUGGUCUUGAACAGAUCUCAGGUGGGGCAUCCAUCUGGUUUUAUGGAGCUGGAGCUAAAGUGGCACAGACUCUCAGUGGGUGCAGAAGAAAAAAAAUCAAGUUAGUUACCAUUUGAAUGCCAGAGAAGCCUGGCCUAUUGGUAGUUUUCGAGUGUGGUGUGAAAGGGGAUGGCUGUAAAAUAUAUUGAUGCUGAGCCCCCUCUCCAUUGAUAGGCCGCAGUGCGUGGACAAUCUGCGGCCUGGAAAGACACGGGGCCACUGCAUGGCCAAUCUGACACAAUUGAGGUGAAACGGGCCAGAAAAUACUAUUCUCUCCCAUUCUCCUCUAUCAAUCGGGGCUUACAAACUGAGCAGAAAGAGAGGCAGGACAGGGAGAGGGGGAAAGGGCGACAAUUAGCGAGAAGCUUGAAGUGAAAUCCUCUACGAGGAGGCAGUUAUCAUAGAGGUUUCCCUUUUUCUGUCUGCGGCUAAAAAGGAACAGAUUUGUUUGUCUGCGCUAAAAAUUGGAGCAGUGAAGUUUGCAAGAGUGAGCUUCUCGCAAAGGAAUGCGUUUAGCAAGCCCCUCUCCCCACGUAUGCCUCACCCCCUCUUUCACUCGUGUUUUGCUACGAGAGAGGAGAGGACCACACAGAUUCUGAGUUUCAUGCAAGCAAAAUUAUAAACAUUUUCAUCCAGCCUAUCUCGUCAUGUACUGAGAGGAUUUGUGCGCAGAGUUGAGCUGCUGCAGGCCUGGAAAUGGGUCCCACGGCUGACUCCUCAAUGACGACCAAUCGGUGGCCAGGAUUGUAAAUGAGAGCGCGAGAGAGGGGGGAAGGAAAACUUUUCUUUCUUUUUUCGACAGAGGGAGGGGUGUUGUGGGGAAAUGCUCGGCGGACCGUGAAGCGUAACAGCAAGAAGAGGGACAAAGACGCACAUAGCGGGACAGAAUGCGACGGAUACAAACCUCUGCCAACUCAUAAAACAAGAAAUCUGCGGAUGGAGGUGAAAAGCUGUAAAACCGAGAAGAGACGUUUACACUUACAAUGGCAAGAAAGAUGAUUUCAAGUGUACAAACUGAGCUGUGGACGAUAACUGCGGUGAGAGUGCGCGUUAACUUUGGAUAGCCCCGCGGCGCCUUUCGGUGUCCACCUCAGAUCUGCUCUGGUGGCAUGGAGCUGACUCAGACUUCACUUUGGAGUAAAAUUCCCCCCUUCUGAACGGACAUGCUUCCCGGAAUAACUGCUUUUGUGAUGUUGCUUUUACUUUUGCAGCCACGCGAGGUGAAUUCCCUGAGUCAGAUCCUGUUGUAAAUCUCGUCAGGAGGAGACGAAGUUAACUUACGUGCACGUUUGUGGGUUCUUUGCAAAAAUGACUGCAUGUGCUUCCUACGACUCAGACGCGUAAAUGGAAUACUUAUGAAGUUAAAUCUCAAAGAUUGAAUGUGUCAACUCUCCUGAUCCUGGAGAAAGUUCACGUCUCCAAACUAGACCUCCAUCCAAGCAUGAAAUGUUGGUGCAGCGCCCUGGCACUUCUCCCCUGGGUGCUGGUGGCCUUAGAUGCCCAGCUAAUCUGCUGGCAGGCGCUUCUCCGGUGCCACGAAGAGCCCGAGUGCGAACUUGCAUACAGUCAGUACUUAGCAGCCUGUGAGGGGAACAUCAGAGGCACAAGGAUGCAGUGCCCCAGCCACUGCAUCAACGCGCUCAUACGGCUGAAUCACACGCGCAGCGGGCCGGACCUGGAGACCUGCGACUGCGCACAGGAUCUGGAGUGCCAGAGCGCCAAGCGAGCCAUCGAGCCCUGUCUUCCCCGCAGACACCCGAGCGACGCCGGGGGGAUCGGCUGCAUGGAGGCUCGGCAGCGCUGCGAGGAAGACAGCAGCUGCCACACCUCCCUCACAGCCUACUUGUCAUACUGCGGCCAGCUGUUCAACGGCAGGAAGUGCUCCUCCAAGUGCAAAGCCACCAUCCAGCAGAUGCUCUACAUCCCGAACGGCAUGCUGCUGAACCGCUGUGUUUGUGAUGGGGUCGAGAGGCCCUUCUGUGAAGUGGUCAAGGAGAACAUGAGCAAACUCUGCUCCAUAGGAGACCACAGUGUUAUUUCAGACCAGCCUGAUGUGGAUGACAUGUAUGAGGAUGAGGACUAUGACCCAAAAAGUGACAGAGAGGAGGAGUUUACUGACCAUUCCUCUGCUUCACAAGGGUCUACAAGCAGCAGCAUAACUCUCCUGCUUCUUCCUUUGGCAUGGAUAUUGUGCUGAGGUCUUAAAACAUUCGUUGGAUUUAUACCUGAAAGUGUGAGAAAAAAAACAAAACUGGGGAAAGAAAGUCCAGAAAAGGGGGAGACUUUUUCAAGUGGCUUUAGUACAGCAUUGGCUUGCAAGCCCAGGACUCAAACUGCUGGAUGAGGGAGUGUGCAGGCUUCACUGUCAUCCAGAUUUAGUCACAGAGUGACAGUCAGCACAGUAGUUAUCUGUGUAGGCGUUUUUCGGCUGUAUAAUUUGCAUACUUAUUCAUCUUUGUGCACAUCUCACUCAGGAAAACCAACUCAAAUCUUCACAUGGAUGCCUUACACUGCUCUGAGUGACCGGAUCACUUGUUGAAGAGAUAAACUAAAGCCUCUUGUCACAAACGGCACAAAAACUAAAAAGGUGAUAAUGAGAGGAAAUGGACUUAGCAGGACUUUGUUGCCAUCUUGUGUGCCUUUAACUCGCUCCUUUUUGUUUGGUUUGGUUUCAAUGGUACUUGGAGUGUGGCCUUAUUAAGACCUUAGACAAACAUUGGACCCAUCCAGCCUCUGUUUGCUCUGCUCUCCAUUUCAGGGGCCUCAGCAUUGUUGCAGCAACCACACUUCAAAUAUUUGUGGACACUGUCAAAGGACAGGCGAGGGUGUGGGAUCAAGUACUGAAAUUAACUGAAGCCCCUCUCCAGCUGUCUUUCUGAAGCCCCUCCCCCAUCUGUGAUAGUUUUAUUGAACUUUUCCUGAGACACCCCUCCUUCCCCUUCCUCUUCUUCCUCUCCACAGCCAGCCCCCAUUUACGCCUUUAAAAGACCCCUGUCUUUAUUACAGCUCUCACACUCUCGCAACAAGCCAGGAAACACCGAGUGUUGCUGGUGUGAACAGGUCAACAAAUCAGGCCUGGAGUUUGUUCACAGUGUGGUUCAUGAGGAGGAGGAGUUUACCUGCUCUGACUCAGCUCAGAUCAAUCACACAUGA